GAAUGCCAAGUGAAGCUAACUAGUAAGUGCGAGAAAAUGGCUUUGGAAGCUUUAUCCUCUUCAAAUGAGCUUUUCAACUUUGUCAUCUACGACACUAUCUCCGCCACCCCAUCUAGCUACCAAGACACUAAUUCAUCACUAGUAGAAACGACGGCCACUUUCUUAUACGACGACGACAACAACAACAACAACAUUUCUACUACUACUAGUACUUUUUUGAGACCUCAAGAUCAUCAUCAUCAUCAAGUUGGUAUGAAUACGGGAACCACUUGUUCGUUGACGGCGAAGCGGGAACCGGGAGCGCCGGAGUGCGGUGACCGGAGGGCGGCGCAGAAAGUAGUGCUGGGAGCGGCGCAGGGAUCGGUGAGGAAGAAAAGGAGGAGAAAGGCGAGGGUUUGCAAGAACAAGGAAGAAGCCGAGACUCAAAGGAUGACUCACAUUGCCGUCGAGAGAAACCGCCGCAAACAGAUGAAUGAACAUCUUUCUGUCUUGCGUUCCUUAAUGCCUGAAUCUUAUGUCCAAAGGGGUGACCAGGCGUCUAUAGUAGGUGGUGCCAUAGAAUUUGUAAAGGAACUUGAACACCUAUUGCAGUCCCUUGAAGCUCAGAAGCUGCAACUUAAUCUUCAAGGAAUGAAUAACAUCAAUGGAGGAUCUGAUCAUGAUCUUGAUCAAGAUUCCAAAUUGCUGCCACCCCCUUUUGCUCAAUUUUUUGUGUAUCCACAGUACACUUGGUCUCAGAUCUCCAACAAGUACACAUCAAAGACCAAGGCUGCAAUAGCAGACAUUGAAGUUACACUGAUCGAAACACAUGCGAGCCUCCGAAUCCUCUCGCGGCGAAGCCUUAAACAGCUUUCGAAGCUGGUCGCCGGAUUUCAGACGCUUCACCUCACCAUCCUUCACAUCAAUGUCACCACCUUGAAUCCAUUAGUUCUCUACUCUGUCAGUGUUAAGGUUGAAGAAGCAUGCCUACUCACUUCUGUAGAUGACAUAGCAGCAGCAGUUCACCACAUGCUUAGAAUAAUUGAGGAGGAAGCAGCCUUGUGUUCAUAAUAUCUAAAUGCCCUUAGAUCUGAGUUUAAAUUACCAUAAUGCCUCCGUUUUUUUUGGUCCCCUGCAGAAAAGAUUCUCUUGUUUCUGUAUGUGUCGAACAAGUAGCUAGUACUCUCUAAGAAUUGUUGCCUUUGAUUUGUUUUCCUUUGCUGCAACUUGUAGCCGUACGAUUCCACCAAAUAUAGCCAACCAAAGCCAAAGGGGGCCAAGCAAAAGCUUAGGAUUGUCAAUGGGCUCUCUAAGGCCCGGCCCAUUCUAACAAUGACAUUUGCUGUGCAUUUAUUAUGGGCUCUCUAAGGCCCGGCCCAUUCUGACAAUGACAUUUGCUGUGCAUUUAUUCUCUUUUUUGUCUUUCCUACAGCUAGAGUUUUUAACCUCUUUUUUUGUGACUCUGGAGAUAAAGAGAAGUUACA